AAAUCUGAAAUUUUCUUUCAAACAGGCAAUUCGGUAAUCUGAGUAUUGCAUUGUGAGAUAAGCGAAUGAACACUUCGAUGCAUGAAUAAUUCUUGGAAUUUUUGUUUUCUCAUUUCAAAUAUUACAGAGAUAUUAUAACAAGUCAGGGAAUCUUCGGUUUUCCUAUAUAAUAUAUACAUAUAUGUGUGUACACCUAUCCUAUACACAUGCAAAAUCGAAUAUGUGACUACCAGUGUAAAUGCAAGAGCAGACUCGGAGCAAGCACUGUCAACAGAGUGUAGUCGGUCGUCAUGGUUACCGCUUGUAAACGCAGGAUGGUAGCGGUCACACACUUGUCAAAUGUACCGUAAAGUCUGAAGUGGCUUACAACGCAGAAACAAUCACCCGAUACUUCGACGCAACGUACUAACGCACGUAUUGUAAUAAACAGAAUGGACUGGGCUAACGAUCUCGAGAUAACUUCGAAAAAGCUGCUACCUCGCCUAGGUAGGCGCGCAGGUAAUUUGCAAGAAGAGAACAAGUCCGACGAUGAUCCUCUCGAGAGUCCUAUUUCCUUAUCAUCUGGAAAGUCUAUGCAGAGACCGAUAGUUCCACCUCGGUCCAGGAAAACCGGCUGGGGCGACGAAUUGAAAAGCGGCAAAUCAAGGGCGACGUCAAAUAUCACUGAACAGGUGCGUUUUCGAAUGAUUGAAAAGGAGAAUCAAGAAGACGAUAUUCCAGUUAUACCAGAUUUGGAUGAAAUUCAAGAAGACAAUAUCUCGUCCGAGAUUGCAAGUGCACCCAUAGUCAAUACAACUAGAGUGACUGCAUACGAGGAAUUGGACACUGAUCUGGUAAAAAAUGCUGCGUAUACGUCGUUGGACGGCGUCAGCCUUUCUCUACUUGCAGACAAGCUGUACAAUGAGAAAUUAGUGAAAGAACCGGAUGAAGUUUGGAAUUGGAAUCUCCUCUUCACGCAAAUUUCUUCGGAGAUCAAUAGCGAAACGCAGACGCAGAAAAAGAGCGAGGCCUAAAAACGCGUCAAGUUACAAGUUGACGGAAAAUUUUUGUACUUUAAAAUAAAAACACAGAAACUUUGUUUAACAUUACUUGAUUAUAUCAUUCGUUGAUGUUUUUAAAUUGUUUCCUCAAAAAUAAACUCAACUUGAAAAUCAAAAA